GUUGUGUGUUAAUGCGGUGAUGGAGUCUCAGAAUGAACACAGUGUCGUGUUCUUUGUUGUUUCUGUCAGUGUGUUGUUUGCGUUGUUGUCUACAAACUGACAUUCCCAAAAAUAUGUCUGGAGAACAGAAUCCCUCUGGUGACACAGGGAUGAAGUACAGUGGCGUUUUUAAGUCUCUUGAAGCCGUCAAAAAAUGUCUUCACAGUGAAAAGUACUUUAACCUGCCAGAAGUACAGGAACUACUGAAGAUCUUCAAUGCCAACUCCUUGGCAUCGAACAAUGAAGUUGUGGAUCGUUCUCAACGCAAAGUCUUCAUCGUAUUGGAGGGUAUCGAUGCUUCAGGUAAGACUACAAUCAGCAAUCGUCUGGCGAAGCUGAUCAGCGGCCGCCAGCUCGGUACGCCACCCGCAGAGCUCUUGGGACUCCGGGAGCAGUUCGACAAACACGAGCUGGAACUGCGCCGCGCAUACUACGCUCUGGGCAACUACAUGGCUGCUGAGCAAGUACGCCAGAUCUACCGCACCGAUCCUGUCAUCAUGGACAGGUUCUGGCACAGCACAGCUGCGUACGCCAUCGCUCAACAGUCGGUGGAGAGUUACAAUGCCACGCUCCCGCCAGAGGGCGACAGUGUGUAUGAGUGGCCCAACGACCUGCUGCGACCCGACAUCGUGUUCUUCCUGUCAGUCAGUGAGAGCAAACGCCUGGACCGCCUGAUGCGGCGCAAGAGCAAGGAGGUCACACGGGAGGAACUCAAGAUGAAGGACGACAAGACACUGAGAGAAGCGAUGCUUGCGGCAUAUCUCAGAAUGAAGAACCCCAAUGUAAGAUUGAUCAACGCCAAUGAGUUCCCCAAGAGAGUGCUCAAGGCUUGCUGCAACACACUGACAGCUGAGAAACUUGUACAGAUUGAAAAUAGCCAACUUCAACAUAAACCACUUUCACCCACUGAGUGAUAAUCUGGAAAGACUGGAUGAUUGUGACAGUUUGGUUGUAUUUUGGUUACAAAAAAUAGUUUAUGUAUAAAAUAUGUAUUGUUACUUCUUAGUGUUAUAUAUAAAUUGUAUAAAUUCAACUAAAAAUGUAUGUGGUCAGUAUAAAAACUCAAAUAAUUAUCUCUUUAAACACAGUGAAGAAGCUCAAAGCUGCUUCAUUCAUUUUACUCCCUAGAUGAUAAAAGGAAGAUAUACUGUAAAGCAGACGCUACAAUUUCAAAACUAAUAUCUGUUGGCAGUAUGAAAGUAUGUGCAUCGUGUACAAGGCCAGAAUAUUUUGUGUAAACUGUGAGAGGGAGGAAUAACGUAAUGAAGUUUGUGCUGUGCCAAAGUUGCUAAAUGUUGUUUUAAUCUGUUUGUCACUCAGGUAGGUUUGCAGAAAUAUUUUACCAUACUGAAGCCAUCUUU